UGCUACGGGGCAGCGGCAUGUUCUGUUUCGACAGCAGGCAAAGAACACAAAGCAUAAACUAGACUAUCGGUAGAGUAUCAUACCAAAGUGUGUCGAUUAGCUAGUUGGAUAGCUGCAAAGUUGCGUUGCAGGAGGAGCCGACAUCUUCCCACCCUUGCACCAUCAUUGCUUCAAAGCCCCGUUUCGGUUUGAAUUUGAAUCCAUCAUCUCGAAGCAUUUGCCUUUCUCGACAAAACCUCUAAAGAGUUUGAAAUCAAGACUUCGGAUCAGACCACAGUUCUCUCAUUUCUCUGCUGCUUCCCACAUUCACAAUUCUGUAACUCGAAAUCUUCCAUCAUGAACUCCCUUCAUCAUCUGGUUGUUGCCCUCAUCCUGCCGGCCCUGAUUCUGGCAGAUCAUAUCUCUGUUCCUGAUCAUGAUCUGCAUCAUCUGAAAUGCGACAUGGAAUGCCACAACAAUGGAGUUUGCCGUUUCUUCGCACACGAACAACAUGAUCUUCAAAAGAGAAUGCAAUCCGGUCACCUGGUUCAAGAAUGCAUUUGUCCAAUGGGCUAUCGAGGCAUGAGUUGCGACGUCGACGUGCAAACGGAACUUCGCUGCAUGGCAAAUCAAGACGCCAAGGAAUGCGACUGUGCUGCUGCUGACAAGAUCUCUGCCUUUGCUGGACAGCAAUGCCGUAAACCCUUUACGGAAUACUGUGCCAGUUUGUCCAACUCGGUUGGUGGCCACAUCUCCUUUUGUACCAAUGGAGGAAAGUGUCGAGGUGACCUGAUUGCUGCCGCCGUUGCUCCUGGGAAUACUGCCAACAACUAUGUCUUUCAACACACGGGUUGCGUCUGUCCCCCCGAAUUCAUUGGUGAGCACUGUGAGCUGCUCAACGUCAAGGGGAUUUAUCAUCCGGAACUUCAUCAACAAUAUCAUCCAAUCCACAAUCCUGAUUCCUACAGUAAGAACUCUUCCCACAACAACAACUCUGGCAGCAAGGUGGACAAGGGUAGCAUUGCCGUUUUGCUCGUCUGUGUGGGAGCCUUGACCAUCUUGGGAGUCAUUUUGGCUCGCAAGCUGCGAUUCCGCCCCUUUGCGCUACGACGACGAAACCCCGGAGUCCCACCCGUCUCUGUGGUCGCCCUCAAUGGAUACAAGGAUGGUCCAACUUCUUCUCAGAAUCUCAAGUCCUAUCGCGACGAGGGAUAUGACUCGGCGGAUGAUGGCAAAUUGCCAGAAUUGGCAUGAGACGACAACAACUCACUUCCAGUGCUCCCAAGCAAGUCGUUUCCACUGAAGCUUCCUUCCGUAUGUCGAACUCAGUCGACUGUAUUUCCUACUUGGCAGACAAUAUUAUCCAACAUCCUUCCAUCUCCCUAAAAAUGACUGGGUCAAUUCAAACUACUAAUAAUGUUAUGGAAUUCAUUUGAUUAC